UGUAUAUGGCAAUAAAGAAGUACGGAAAUGCAAAGAAACCAGAAAAGAUAACAAAGUUGAUGAACAGCACACACAGGAGCUUUUCAUAUCUCAAAGUAAAGAAUAUCACCCAAUCCAUCCUGUGCAAGCUGCUGACUCUAUUUUCGUCGUUGCAGGAUUCUCAAGCCACGAUGGAUAUUUGGUUUAUUGGCAAUGCUGUGAAAGAAAUUUUUGAGGCAUACGACCAAUACUAUUUUGCAAUUACACUUCUGAAACCUGGGAGCAGUACUUGCUAUCAAACAGCGAAGAUAAAACAGUUCUAUGGCUUGUACAAAGGAAAAUCAAAACCAAGCAAAGUUUUUAUUAAUGAACUGCAAGAACGAUUAAACACUUCUUUAAUUCAUUGCGAGCCAGCAUUGCCAAGUGAAUUCCAAAAGCGGUUUAUAGAAGAAAAGCGCCAUUUUCUCAUAAAAUCUUCGGCAUUAGGCAGAAGAUUCGAGGCAUCCUUGGCGACAGAGAGCUCUAAACAAAACCAUGCUUUAGAGAGCAACAAAGUAAUUGUCAAUAGUAAAGCAAAUGCAGAUUUCACCUCUGCUAGUGGAAACAAAUCGCCAUUGUCAACACCUGACAUAAAUGAUGACGAGAAAAUAGUAAGCCCCCUUUUGCAGUCAAAAUCAAAUGUAACAGGCCCAUGUUUAGAAAAACCCGCAAACGCUUUGGGUGAAAGAAGUGGACAAGUCUCUUUGUCCACCAAAAUCUCACCAAAACAAAAUGACAAAAAACAACACCCUUUUGCAGUAAAGACAAAAUCGUCACUGAAACGUAAAAGGGAGGGCAAAUUACAGAGUGAUCAAAAUGCAUCACUUCCACAAGCACCAGGAGAGAAAAUUCCAGCAAAGAAAACGAAAUUGGGUGAGCCUGUCAGAUAUUAGUCUACCCAUUCAAGACUACCCCAUCAACAAGUGAAUUUUCCUUAAAUAACUUGUUUAACCAGUUGUAAAAUAAAUAAUUUUCCUAAAUAGGUGCCUCCAAAUGCUUAAGCUAGUCAGUGUAGUCUUGAUACAAACAACACUAUGCAAGGAGGCUGAUUCACAGACUAUACAUCAAUGCUUAAUAACCUUGUAUAUACAGAAAUAUUGUCUUGUAAAUUAGCUUUGUAGAACUUGUAAGUGUUAAAAAAAUUUGUA